AAACCCACGGCAGGACAUUGCAACCCGUAGCACCCCUGCUACGUGCGGUUCACGAGCGUGUUCUAUCCGUACGAGCGUGUAAAAUUGAAGAGACCAUCUUUGGCAGGUCUCCAUUAUUUUGCAUUAGUACACAGGAGCGCGACAGCGACGAUGGGCGAGGAGAUAGAUACUUCACAGCUGUUCCUGACAGUCCAGAGAGGGCCUCCCACAGCCGCGUCUGGUCACGCUCACUUGCAAAUAUUCAAAGAUGGCGCGGCCCUAGGCGAAGUACUCGCCGGUGGUCGCGACGUGACGGUGCUAGGGCGGAAUUCGAAGAUGUGUCACGAGAGGUUGGAUCACGAGAGCAUCUCUAGGCGACACGCGGCGUUGGUUCACAAUGGGGAUGGGGAUGUCUUCGCGGCCGAUCUAGGCUCCACCCACGGCACCUACGUGAACGGUUGCAAGAUUGCAUCGAAGACCGCAACAAGGCUGGGUGAUGGAGAUGUCAUCAAAUUUGGCGAGAGCUCCAGGUCUUACGUGUUUCGUCUUUCGGCGCCAAAAAGUGUCACCACCAAAUCAGCGUCAUCCAACGGUACAUCCCACGAGAAACCGACCGCGGCAAGUGGCAAGUCUGGUAAAGCCAACGGAGGAACGACCAAGCCGCGGGUAGACCCAAGAAAUUCACCAAACGACUCGAAGGCUCCGUCUUCUAUGCCGCCUCCUCCAGGUGGCCACGUGGUGAAGAAGCAACCGGAGGCAGGGAGAGGCCGACCUGCCGAAAACUGGGCCCAGUCGAAGCCCGUGGUUGGGCGGAAAUCAACCGCAAAUCCGCCGGUCUCGGGUAUGGAUUCCGAGCGAGAGGCAAUGCUCCAGGCCAACGUGCCAUCCUCGUUCGGCGCCGCUAGAGAUAAACCGCUUGGCAAGAAGGCGGUUAGGGAGGCCCACAUCAUGCGCGGGGUACCUGGCGCCGUGAUAUCCGGGACCAGCGGCCGUUUCGCGACUGGCCGAAGCGUGGGUAAAAGUAUCCACAAGGCGGGGUCUGGUGCGGGGGAAACGAUGGACAAGGAAGACGCGCGAAAGCAGAAGCAGGCGGCGAUUGCGGCCAUUACGGCCGAGCUCAUGGCCGCGAAGUCGAGCGAUGCUGCCGAAAAUGGAAGUGGGCGAGAAGACGUACCGGCGCCGACCUCCUCGGCGAAAUUCAAGCCAGGAGGAUGGAGACACUCGUCCGGAAACGGGAAGGUUAUGGGGUCGAUCGGGUCCGCGGGAAGCAAAAAAAUGCAGCGUACAGCCGCAGAGCAAUCCAGGAGAGAGGAGGAGGAGGAGGAGGAGGA